AUGUCUAUCCUUGCCGGCAUCAAGAAUUUUGACGCCUACACUAAACCGUUGGAAGAUUUUCGAGUAAGAACAAUCACUGGUGGAACAGUAACUCUAGUCACUUCGUUCAUUAUUAUUCUUCUGCUUUUAACGCAGACAAUUAGUUUUUUGUCGAUAGAUAUCGUACAGCAGUUGUAUGUGGAUUCAACGUCCUCUGAACAGCGGGUUGAUGUUAAUUUUGAUGUGGCAUUCAAAAGGUUACCUUGUGCCUUUGUCACUGUUGACGUUAUGGAUGUAAGUGGUGACGAUCAAGAUGACAUUCAAGACGAUGUUUAUAAAUUACGGAUUGACGAGCAUGGAAGAAAUAUUAGUGGAGAUUUUGCAAUAAAAUUAGAAGUCAAUGUCAAUGCAUCUCUAAACCAAAUAGCUACAAGCACAGUACUUUGUGGUAGUUGCUAUGGUGCAAGAGACGGAUGUUGUAAUACCUGUGAUGAAGUGAAGCGAGCAUAUAGCCAAUUGGGAUGGACAUUAAAUGUGGAAAAUGUUGAACAAUGUCAGUCGGACCCCUGGGUUAAGAAAUUAAAUGAGCAUAAAAAUGAAGGAUGUAGAGUUUAUGGCAAAGUCCAAGUAGCAAAGGUUGCUGGCAAUUUUCAUAUAGCACCUGGCGACCCUUUCAGAACUCAUCGGUCUCAUGCGCAUGACUUGCAUUCCUUGGAUCCAAAGGGAUUUGAUAUUUCUCACACUAUCAAUCACUUAUCAUUUGGAACACCGUUUCCUGGAAAAACAUAUCCCCUGGAUGGGAAAGAAGUUGAUGUUAAAAAAGGUGGUAUAAUGUAUCAGUACUACCUCAAAGUUGUCCCUACUUUAUAUACAUAUUUGGAUCCCGCCAACAACAUAUUCAGUCACCAGUUUUCAGUUACCACAAAUCAGAAGGAUGUAACUGCUGGUUCUUCUGGUCUUCCAGGCUUCUUCGUUCACUACGAAUUUUCUCCCUUGAUGAUCAAGUACGAAGAAAGAAAACAGUCUUGGUCAUCAUUUUUGGUGUCCCUAUGUGCAAUAAUCGGUGGACUUUUCACUGUUGCAAGUCUCAUUGACGCGUUCAUAUAUAAUUCAUCGAGAGUGGUACUGACGAAAAUGGAAUUAAACAAAGCCAGUUGA